CAGAGGGAGAUGGGGUGAGCCAACCCUGGGUGAGGAGGUUUCAGCUGCAGCUGGAGACACCUCAGUGGGACAAGACCAUGUGGCUGCCAUUAGCUCUGCUGCUCCUCUGUGUCCCAGGCUCUUUGUCUCUGAGUGGCCCCAGCACUGUGAUGGGAAUCGUGGGGGCAUCCUUGAGAGUGCAGUGUCGGUACGAGGAGAAAUACAAGACAUUUACCAAAUACUGGUGCCGACAACCAUGCUUGCCACUUUGGAACCAGAUUGUGGCCGCCAGAGGGUCUGAGGAAAAGAUGAGGAGUGGCCGCGUGUCCAUCGUGGACCAUUCUGGAGACCUCACCUUCACAGUGACCUUGGAGAACCUCACUGCAGAUGAUGCAGGAAAAUACAGGUGUGGGAUUGUAACAAUGCUGCAUGAAGAAGGACUCCAUGGUUUCCUGCCUGACCUUUUUUUCCAGGUUCAAGUGUUUGUUUCCCCCAGGUAAGACCCUGCUUUUCUUUGCUGCCACGGAAGAAGAGAUGUGAGCUAAUCCUUGCAGAGCGUCUGAGCAAAUCUCAACUCAGGAGAAAAGAGCCAGGCCUGGUAUUUGGGCCUCAGAGACUCGGGACCAA